AUGGGCGGCGCGGGCGGCAAGGCGCCGCCGCGGCACCAGCUCGGCGCGGGGCGGCGGCUGACGUUCGAAGACCUGCAGUCUCAGUUCGGGCUGGGGCUCAAGGAGGCCGCGGCCAACCUCGGGAUCUGCGCGACGACGCUGAAGCGCGCCUGCCGGCGGAACGGCAUCACGCGCUGGCCCCGCCGCCAGAUCGCCAAGCUGUCGCGCGCGCUGCAGCAGGGCGCGGGCGCCGCGCCGCCGGCGGGCAUGGUUGAGCGCGCGGUCAGCUCCACAGGGCUGACGCAGCAGCAAAUGGCGAGCAGCGUCGCCGUCAGCGGCGCGGCGGCGGCUGCCGCGGCGCCGGGCCCGGGCCGCGUCGGCAGCGGGAGCGCGCCGAUCCCGAUCGGGGCCGGCGGCGGCGGCGGCGGAAUGCACGGCGCGCCGGCGGGCACCGUGUUUAUCGGGCCGAACGGCAUCCCCAUGAUGUUCGCGGGCAGUGCGCCCGGCGGCGCUGUCUUCGCCGCGCACCAGCAGCAGCUCGGCGCGUCGUACGGCGCCGCGGGCGCGUCGUCCUACCCGCCGCAGGCGCUGGCGGCGGUGCCCGAUGGCAGCGGGGGCUACGUGCUCGCGCCCGCGGCGCAUGGAGCCCAGCAGGUGCUCUACCACUCUGGCAGCGGCGGCAGCUACGGGGCCCUCUCCGCGGUCGCGAGCGCGCAGGACGCCGCGUCGGCGGGCGGCGGCGGGAGUGGCGGCGGCAUGGUGAUGCACUCGGCGCCGCAGUAUGUGAUGGCGCAUGUGAUGCAUCCCAAUGGUCAGGGCGGCCACAUGGGCGGGCACCACAUGGGUGGCCACCACGUGGUCAUGCUCAACGCGCAGAUGCCCCCUGCGUUCGCCGUGCAGGCGCCGCACGGCGCUCAGCAGCAGAUGUUUGUCACGCACUCGCUGCCCGACCACCAGCAGCAGCACCAGCAGCACCAGCAGCAGCACCAGCAGCACCAGCAGCACCAGCAGCACCAGCAGCACCCGCAGCAGCAGCACAGCGGCCAGCUGCCGCACGCGGGCCACGGCGGGGCGGAGGCGAUGCAGGAUGCUGCGGCUUUUCUCGACCUGAUCGACGGGGAGGACGAUCUGAUGAUCCCAUCUGGCGGACUGGAGGCCCAAAUUGGGGAGAUGAUGGCGGCAGCCGCCGCCGCUGCAGCCAACGGCGGCACCACGGGCCGCCCCGGCGCGCCCGGCGACGUCGCGGCAUCGGCGCUCGCGGCCGCCGCGGCGCAGCGCCAGCAGCCGGCGCACCUUGCUGGGGUUUGGGACUGA